CAAUUAACAUUAGCCACGUUUUUGUUUCUCUCUUUUCAAAAGUCAUAAUUGUCAUACCAAUCACUUCUGUCUAGCUAGGAGCAUUCCUUAGAACCAAUCAAAAUAUUCCCACAAAGUGUUGGAGUAUAAAUACUGGAGACUCCCACAACACUCCACCUUCCUUUUACCUCUUUCUGUUCAAAUCUCCCUCAGUUUUCUGGGCAAUGGUUUUUUGGCUUUGUGGGUUUUCUUGAUUUUUGUAAGCAGAAACCAUAGCUAAUCCUUGUGAUGAUCAUGAUAUGAGUUUGGCAAUCCUUCUGCGUCGAAUUCGUCUUCUUCAAUCUUUUUCGGUUGUUUUUCUAUUUUGGUUUUAUGUUUUCUCAUGAACUAGCCCUCCCAUAAUUGACCUCCAUCUCUCGAGAUAAAAAUCUACUACAUAACUCUUGUUUUCAAAUAUCUGUUUUUAUUGUCCAUUGAACCAGAUACCGAGUUAUAAAAAAGAAAGCAUCCGCCUUCGAUUGCGAAAAUGGUGAAACAUAGUUCAAGCUCAUCAUCAGAAGGGGAUGCACUACUUGUGGAUGAGAAGAAGAGGAAGAGAAUGCUUUCGAACCGUGAAUCGGCGAGGAGGUCGAGGAAGAGGAGGGAGGAGCACAUCAAGGAUCUCAACAGCCAAAUCACAUUUUUCAGGAACAAUAACAGUGAGAUCGCCAAGAAAGUCAAUUCCAUUUCACAGAAAUUUAUGGCUGUAGAGUUGGAAAACCAAAGGUUGCUAAAGGUUAGGGAUGAAUUGACAAAGAGGUUGGAGUCUUUGGAAAUUGUUUCCAGUUAUGUUUGUGGGAAUCCGGAAGACCUUUCCCAGUAUAAUUCACAGCCCUGGAUUCUUUCGAACAAAUCUGUGCCUCUCAUGGCUUCUGUCGGAACGUUUCGAUUUUGAUAUCCUUGCAACAAUAAAAAAAACUCUACCAGAAUGAUGUGACAAUGACAUCGUGGUAAAAUAGAAUUAUCUCUGAACGGUGUUUUAUUGUGAAGUGGAAGGAUUACAUUCAAUCAUAUCAUUUUGGACAGAAAUUCUGUGUCUUUUUACAUGUGAAGUAUCAGCCAUAUGAUGUUUUUGGCCAAUGUUUGUGUAGCCAAUAAGAAUCUUAGCGGAACGAGAACUGAGAUUGUUUCUCUGAAUAGGUUUUUUAGGUUGAGUUUCUGUUUUACUUGGUUUGCUCUGCUGCUCUUUUGAAAUAGUCAUGGGUAUAGUUCUAAAUUGUAAUUACUUGCCUAAGACUGAUGAAUUUAUCUCAAUUCAUUUGUUUCUGUA